UACCAGCAAUAUUUGGAAAUAGUUCCUUGUGUGUCUCUCUACAACAGUCUGUAUCUUCUAUAUUCAGUAAGUGAUACUCCGCAAUAGAGGACUGUAAUAAUGGCAGAGCACAAAGAAUAUCAGUGGCUGAUGCAACAUUAUAUUCGCACAUAUCAGUGUAAAGUGUGUUUCCACACAUAUUUCUGGAACAAUACGAAUAAUUGUCAACCGUCGACGAAAACAUUGGCCAAAUUACACGAGCACUUAAUUCUUAAACAUUCAGAAACAUACCAUCGCCUGAAAGACAUAUCACAUAAUAAGCUGCUGCAAUGUUACAGUUCGAAAUUAAACUGCCAAGACUGUCUUGCAGGGUUCGAGAAUAACACGAACAGUUUGCAACCGUCUAGAGAAACAUUAAUACAAUUAAAAGAGCACUUAUGCGAUAACCAUAACAAACAAUAUGAUCCCGAACAUAACACAGAAUAUAAUGUAAUUAAAGUGAAACUGGUUCCACUACGUCCCUUUAUACUAAAACAUUAUUCAUAUUUAAAAGGAAAUCUGCUAAAAUGCAAUAAUUGCUUUCAAAUAUUUUGCAUCGCUGGAAUCGACGGUAGACUUUAUGUGGAACUACUUAAUCAUUUAAGAUAUGAACAUUGCAACAAAUUAACAGCAGUAGAAAGGAAUGAAUCAAAAGUAGCUUGGUAUUGGGAUUACUUCACACAGAACAAAGGACAAGCAGAAUGCAUGAUUUGUGAAAAAAAAUAUGGCACAUCCACUAGUCAUGAGUGGCUGGCUUCUCAUCUCGUAAAAGUCCACAAGAAAACCUAUCCAACUUUGAGCAUUGCUACGGAUGAGACGGAGGAUUCGAUGGACACAGAUAUGAGAACAUCUACAGGAAAAGAGAACGUUGAAGAAACCGCAGCUUCUUUAUGUACGGAUAUGCCCACAAUGACACAGAAGUGACAAGAGCUCUUAACGAGACUAGACGAGAGAAACCGUCGAUUAUUGGCUGGCGAAGGGACGAUCUUCACCGUAUGGUACGCAGGGUGUUACCACCUCGAAUUCCUUGCUCGCAUAUCUUCGAAAAUCGCAAAUACAGAGAACAGGCGUCGGGAAAGGAGGCGGGGGAAAUUUCUAUACUUAUAAAUAGAAAUAGUUUGACAAUAAGUGUUAUUUUCAUGUACCAAGCGAUAAAUAAAUCAGCUACAUAAGUAUCAUAUAUAAGUAUUACUAUUAAGACUUUGAUUAAUUAUAUUAAUCCAUUAAAAUUAAUAUUUUUGGCUGAAUAA